CUAGCUUUGUUCCUAUAUGAACCUACGUGGCACUCCAACCCCCCCAAACCCCUAUCUACGUGGAUUAAGCCUUUUUUUGUUGCUAACUGUUUGGUUUUUGAGGAACAUUGCGCGGGAGAGGAAAGGUGUGCCCUAGCAGAGAUUGUAGGUCACGAUCGCUUGCUUUCCCAGUUGGAGAAGUCUUGUGAAGCACUCCCAAGCGAACAAGGUGAAUCCAGGGGUUUCGUCAUUAUCAUUCCCAAGUCGGAGAAGACAGUACGAAGCCAAUACGUAACCCAGGGGUCUCGUAGUGGACGGAACAGAGGUUACUACCUUUGCUGCGUAGCGAACAGAGGAAUGACCACCAUCCAUAUAACAUUGUGUAUUAAUCAUAGACGACGGUUUGAGAGAGGGCCUGGUGGGAUAAUUAGUUAUACUGGUGGUAAAGUCACAGAAAUUAAUAGGGUGAACGUUGAUACACUGAACAGUUUUUUCAUAUCUGAUUUGUUGAAGGACAUUGGAUAUACGUCCGUUUCUAAUUUUUACUGGCAAGAACCUGGGAAGGAGCUUGAUGAUAGGUUGAGAGACCUAAGGGUUGAUAUGGACGUAGUUAGAAUGUAUGAGGCAGCCAUAAAGAAUGGUAACAAAAUAAAUAUUUAUACAGAGCAUCCGGUGGACCAGCCUGUGUUAGUUGAGGAGAACAAUAUGACUCCGUCAAAGAGGAGAAUAAAGACAUGUGCCAAAAAGGGUUCAACACCAAAGAAGAGUCCAAAGAGAAGAUUGCUAGUAGUGGAAGAUCAUGACGAUGCUGAAAUUGUAGGUAAUGUGCAAGUUGGAAAAGAGGACCAAAGAAGGGGUGAGGCCUAGGAUAGGGAAGAGGCCUAUGAAGAAAAUAAACAGGCUGAAGUUGAGGCCCAAAAAGAGGACAGUCUUAGUAUGCCCCAGGAGACAGCAGAUCCACCACUAGCAUCAUCCCAUGAAGCAGGACAGAUUUCUCAGCCUCCUCCAACACCUGUCCUACCAGAUCAGCCACCAUCAAGUCAGUCCCAACCUUCCCAGCCACCAUUUGAAG